AUGGCGGAUGAGGCUCCCUCGUCGUCGUCAAAAUCCGACGCGUCCAACGAAGAGCUAGACCUCCAGCGUUUCUUGACCUGGCUAGUUUCGAACGGCGUGAAGGGCAUCGGCCAAGAGGGUAGCAAGGUGGCUCUGUUCCAGACUGAGAAUGGAGAACGGGGCCUGUUGUGCGAAGAGGUCAUCUCCCCGGGGGAGGUGGUGUUCGAGGUGCCCCUCAGGCUAGCGCUAACCGAUCACCCGGGAGACGAGGAAUCUAACCAGCUAGUGUACAAGGUAAAGGGGAAACGUGUGCGGGAGGUUGUGCCGGUGUGUGUUCUAAGGGAUCCCCCUGGAGCGUCCGCCUUGCAUGUGCUCCCCCGCCACGUCCCCGCCCCCCUGGAGUGCUACUCCUGGGAGGAUCUCACUUCCCUCCGCUACCCCCCCGCCCUGGAGGCCCUCCACGCGGCUGACUGGCUCAGGGCGGACGCCUUCCAGUCCACCAGUGAUGAGGCUCGGGGGGGGCUGGGGGAGGGGGAGUUCCGCUGGGCUCUGUCGGUGGUUCACUCGCGCACCUUCGCCAACGCGGCCCCGGGGGGCGGUGUGGGAGUGCGCAUGCUGGUUCCCCUGGUCGACAUGCUCAACCACGGCGGGGAUACGGCAGCGCAGGGGAGUCUGGGGCUGGUGGGGCCCGGAGGGGGAGAGGUGGCAACGGACAAUGUGCGUUGGGACCUGCUACCCCCUGAUCGUUCCUCAGCCGGCGGGUGGUCCAUGGCGGUUAGUGCUACCCGGGAUAUACACCCCGGUCAGGAGCUACUGUUGUCGUACGGGGAGAGACCCAACGAUGACUUCUUCCUUCAUUACGGUUUCGUACCCCGCGCCAACCCGCACGACGACGCGGUGCUGUGGCCUGACCUGGAAGCCGCCCUUGAAUGGCACUACGAGCGACUCGGGGCGCUGCAGCUGGCCCCUGAAGCAGCUGAGCGGCUGUAUUUAGCCGCACUGGAAGCCGGGCAGCAGCAGCUCAGUGAGGAGCUACAGCAGCUACAGCCGCAGAAGCAGCAGCACGGGGUUGAGGGUGAGGUGCUGCCGCCCGAGGUAGCGCGACAGCUGGCCCAAAUCAAGGUGGUCGCGGGCGGGCAUGUGAGCGCUGCAGUGAUGCGGGCCUUCACGGCUGUCAGAGGGGGAGAUGUGGCCGCAGCAGAGCGCGCUGUGGCGCUCCGUGCAGCGGAACUACUGUGGAGCAUGUCAGCUGGGCCGUCAUCGGCGUCUUUGCCAUCAUCAGCGGCUGCAGCGGCGAUGACGGGACCUUCCACCGCCGCUGUUGCGGAUGCCGGCGGGCUUCUGGUGGAGCUGGCGGCGUUACUGGCGGACGCGGACCCACGGGUCGCGGCGGCGGCGGUGGCCUCGUCGCCUUCGACUGCUGAGGCUGAGGUCGAUGUGGAGCCCGAGAGCGAUGAAGGCCGAUACUGGGCUGCCGAGCUGCGAGGCUACUGGCAGACUUUGCUGCCCCGGGCGGGUUCCCUGCCCCUGCUGGUGGCGACGGCGGUAGCGGCGGCAGUAACAGUAUCAAGUCGCGGUGCAGUGCCGCCCUUAGGCAAGCUGCUUCGGGUUUUACUUCCGCACGCAGUGGCUGAGGUGGAGGCGAAGAUUGGGGUGGUGGCCGCGGGCAGGGAUGCGUUCGUGACCUCGGCCUUUCGGCUAUCUGGGCCUCAGCGCCUGUCAGCCACGUUUCGGAGCUACAAGCAGAUGGUGCUGUGGGAUGUGGUGUUGGGGUCCGUUGUGGCUUCUUUUCUCCCCACGGGGACAUUGACAGCCUAA